CCUCAGGUGGACCGGAGGCUCGUGGACCGGCACUACGAGCAGCUGCGGCUGAAGCCCUUCUACCCCACGCUCGUCGCCUACAUGACCUCGGGGCCGGUGGUGGCCAUGGUGUGGGAGGGUUACGAUGUGGUGCGGUGCGCCCGGGCCAUGGUUGGGGACAGCAGCCGGGGGGACCUCAGCGUGCACAUCACCACGGCCGUGGCACUGUCCCCAUCCCUGUCCCCUCCCAGGAACAUGGUCCACGCCAGUGACUCCAUGGAGAUGGCCCAGCAGGAGAUCAGCUUCUGGUUCCAGCGGGACGAGCUGGUGGCCUGGGACAGCAGGGACAGGGACAGCAUCUACGGGCUCUAG